CGCCGCGUUGCGCAGUCCUCCGCCUUCCUUGCCUUCUCGUCCCCUUCCUUCCUUCCUUCCUUCCUUCCGCCGGGCGCGAUGGAGCCGGGACGCGGGGCGGCCGCGGCGCUGCUGGCGCUGCUGUGCGCAGUCUGUGCGCUGCGCUGCGGGCGCGCCCAGUACGAGCGCUACAGCUUCCGCAGCUUCCCGCGGGACGAGCUGAUGCCGCUCGAGUCGGCCUACCGGCACGCGCUGGACCAGUACAGCGGCGAGCACUGGGCGGAGAGCGUGGGCUACCUGGAGAUCAGCCUGCGGCUGCACCGCCUGCUGCGCGACAGCGAGGCCUUCUGCCACCGCAACUGCAGCGCCGUGCCCCAGCCCGAGUCGGCCGCCGGCCUCGCCCGCUACCCCGAGCUGCGCCUCUUCGGGGGCCUGCUGCGCCGCGCGCACUGCCUCAAGCGCUGCAAGCAGGGCCUGCCAGCCUUCCGCCAGUCGCAGCCCAGCCGCGAAGUGCUGGCCGACUUCCAGCGCCGGGAGCCGUACAAGUUCCUGCAGUUCGCCUACUUCAAGGCAAAUAAUCUCCCAAAGGCCAUUGCCGCCGCUCACACCUUUCUACUGAAGCAUCCCGAUGACGAAAUGAUGAAGAGAAACAUGGCGUAUUACAAGAGCUUGCCUGAUGCCGAGGACUACAUUAAGGACUUGGAAACCAAGUCAUAUGAGAGCCUGUUCGUCCGAGCCGUGCGGGCCUACAAUGGCGAGAACUGGAGGACGUCCGUCACAGACAUGGAGCUGGCCCUUCCCGAUUUCUUCAAAGCCUUUUACGAGUGUCUGGCAGCCUGUGAGGGCUCCAGGGAGAUCAAGGACUUCAAGGACUUCUAUCUUUCCAUAGCAGAUCAUUAUGUAGAAGUCCUGGAAUGCAAAAUGCAGUGUGAAAAGAACCUCACCCCCGUUGUAGGAGGCUAUCCCGUGGAGAAGUUUGUGGCCACCAUGUAUCAUUAUUUGCAGUUUGCUUAUUAUAAAUGGCCAGAACACUGGGAGUUUAGGAGUGUUCCGGAUACAUCCAGGCUCUGGCGGCUCAUGGGUCUUCGAAAUUCUCACGUGCUCAGGAAAUCACCCCGCAUCUCGGAAACUGUGGCAAUGACUUAUGAACACUGGCAGACCAAAACCUUUACAUCUGCUUGCUGCUUCGAAAGAAAAUCUUUGCUUUCCGGGUUUAUAGUGAACGACCUGAAGAACGCGGCCCCCUGUGCGGUCAGCUACCUGCUCUUUGACCACAGUGACAAGGUCAUGCAGCAGAACCUGGUGUAUUACCAGUACCACAGGGACAAGUGGGGCCUCUCGGACGAGCAUUUCCAGCCCAGACCAGAAGCAGUUCAGUUCUUCAAUGUAACUACGCUCCAGAAAGAGCUGUAUGACUUUGCUAAGGAAAAUAUAAUGGAUGACGAUGAGGGAGAGGUUCUGGAAUACGUGGAUGACCUCUUGGAGCUGGAGGAGACCGGCUAGUCCACAGCAAAGAGAAGCCCCUGGAUGUCCAGGGGACACAGAUUCUGUCUGCCUUUCCCCAGUAGCCCACGUCGCCGAUACCUCAAAGCCUUCUCUUCGCUCUGCGAAGUGAAAGGGAAGCCUCGUCUCUCACUACGUCUAAUAAGGGGCGAGCACACCUGCCCCCCCACGCGCCUCCCACCUUCACACACGCCUUUCGCACUAUUUUGGUUGGAAGCACGGUCCUCCAUUUUUUCCCCCCAGAAAAUCACAAUUUUUUUUUUUUUAAUAAGAAAAAUACUCCUCAAAUUAGAUAAUUGUGAAAACCUAUUUUGGGCUUUCCGCUCUUUCAGGUUUUAGACUCCAUUAUCCCCAUGCCCUGAUUCAGGAAGACAGUGGAAGACACGGGCCAAACUUCUCCACACACCUCCCCCCCCCCCGACCCCGUGACAGCGUACAAGUGGUCUGACCCGCACCAUUUCUGGCACCCACUGAAAGAGAAGCUGCGUAGAUAGUGCAGGCUCCAGAAAUGUGGCUUUUGCCCCACACUUCUGCAUCUCCAAAGUCUUACAAUGGUUGGUCGAUCCCUGGGCACCAUAGUCAGUUGCAAGUCUCAGAGUUGGAAAUGGAAGAAAGCAGAGGGGGUCUGGUCUCAUUCAUUUUUUCAAUAAAUAUUUAUUGAGCACCUACUACAUGCUAGACGUUGACGGGGGCACUAGAAGCGCCAUGCAGAAUGACGGGGAGAAAAUCCCUGCCCUCCGGAGCCUACGUCCUCUAAGGGAGACAGACAACAAAUAAAUAAGAACAAAUGUGUAUAAACUA